AUGAAGACUACUAGGCUAAUAUUAUUGUUAGCUUUAUUCUUACACUAUAGUCUAGUUAAUAGUGAUGACUUACACAAGCCAGAUAACUUCAACGAGACAGAACUUAUGGAAAAUCACCAGGAAAGGAUGAAGAUGGUGAACGCCUUCUUCAGAGACCUUAAAAUAGUAUUAAACAAAAAUAAAAAACCGUUAAGGAGUAUGAAAGAAACAGAGAGAAAUGACAAAGGAGUGAAAGAUACAAAAAUACCGAUCCUUCGAGCUAGAUUAUUCACGCCUAAAUCUAUUCAGACUAAAAGUACUUUAAAACUUCAUAAAUUUCCAAAUUACGUCAGCAAACCUUUGUUCCCGAUUCCUGUACUAACUGAAAAUAUUUUACGUACUUCUGCCACAUCUGUCUCUACACCUAAAAGUACAAUUAAAAUAAAUUCUACAACUAAACCAAGUUCUGUUACAAUAAAGCCUAAACAGGUCGGCCAUGCUUCUACGUUUACAUCUCCUAGUAUUCCAAGAAAUUUCUUUGAUAAAAUAUUUCAAAAAGUCACAUUUUCAACACAUCGAGUGCCUGAACAAUUCACUUUUCGUUCAGUUAUCUCUCCUAGCAAACCAACUUCUAAAACUGUUACAACUAACCAAAGGUCAACAUUUAUUUUGACUACUUCAAAAACUAAGUCCACUCGUCCAUCGACAUUAGCUCCUACUAAAGUAACUUCACCAAAUAUUACUUUUAACAAACUAGCCGUAGUAAAAUUUAAUCAGAUAUAUAAUUUAAAAGAAGAGGUUGAAAGUUUUACCUCAAUAAAAAGUACUUCAUCAUCUAUGAGUACAACUCCAUCCUCUAUGAGUACAACUCCAUCCUCUAUGAGUACAACUCCAUCCUCUAUGAGUACAACUCCAUCCUCUAUGAGUACAACUCCAUCCUCUAUGAGUACAACUCCAUCCUCUAUGAGUACAACUCCAUCCUCUAUGAGUACAACUAGUAUUGGACGAAAGACGUUCAACAAUAUUGCUACAUUCAUACCGGAACUUUCCUUUUAUCAAAGAUUACAUCUAUUUACACCUAUUUCUAGAAUCAUCUAUGAAGUCACUACAACCUCUUCUCCACCUAAAACAUCUGCUUCUUUAGCUCCUUUAUCAAUACUUGCUAUUUCAUAUCCUACAUCUUCUCCUCUUCAGUUCAAAAUUCCUCCUCUUGCAUCGUGGUCUUACAAAACCACAAAUAAGUUUCAUAGCUUGUGGCAGCAAGAGAUGACUAAUUUCAUGUCUUCUAAUAGAUGGAAGAUAAAAGCAAGUGAUUUUACAACACCGCAACAGAUAACACCACGAUGGUACCAACACUUUGUACAAAAUAAACCAAUAAUACACCACGGAUACAACCUCACACGACGUCCUAGACUGCACAGACAGAGGCACACACAGAACAAAAAAAUAAGACAUAAACAUAUCAGAAAAGUAAAGAAGUACUACCCAAUGUACCUGUCCACAAAACAACAUCACUCUACAAUAAAAAAAAAAUACGGCCAUCUCCAUAAAGAGACAACUGAAUUUUAUAAAUUUAGUACUUUUAAAACGACAAUAGUUGAUGGUAGACCUGUCUAUCUGCCUGUAGAUCCUUUACAAGGUACAACACCAGUUUCAAUUCUCACUCCAUCGACCAAGCCUCCGAAUCAUCGUUACUACGAGAUGAUGAAGGAACUGGAUGAAGGAUAUAUGAUCGUAUUCUUAAUAGAACUUUGCAGAAUAAUUUCUACAAAAGAUCCGAAACAUGUUAAAGACGUCAUUAUGCAUACGGAAACUAUAAUCAAUGAGCUAGAGGGAAAUGGUCGGUUGGUCUGGUUAGACAGCCCGUUAUUAGAUGUCACUAUAAAACUAUCAAGACUUAUAUCCGAAGCACCAAUCGAUCUUGUAAGAACUUACGCAGCCAUGUUGUACCACAUGCUACGUGGGAGGAAGACAACACUCUCCGUCGAAGUGAAUUCAAUCAUAGAUUAUGCAGAACUUAUGUACGAGGAUAAAGAGGGAGACUACCUGUUCAAUUCCCUAAGAGAAUUCGAGGCAUUUCCUGAAAUAUCAAAAUCUGGUUACUUAGUUUGCUCCACUUUAAUAGAAAACUUCUUAAGUCCAUUUCGUCGUCUCCACGGUACGAAACAACGACAAACAUUAUUAGAUUCUAUCAAUAAAGCAAUACAGGAAAAAUUUCCACAAAUCUCGGGAAAAACAGACAAAGAGAAGGAUUUAAAGUACGGAAUAAAAGCAAAAGAGACGCAGCAUUGGCCAAAAUUCCGAACGAUCUUAACGUCAGACGAAUCAUGUAUAUCAACUUCAGACUCAGAUAGCGAAAUAAGGAGAAAAAUUCGUAGAAAACGUAAACAGCGAAGAAUUCGAGUACACAACUUAAGAAAAGAGGCAAGAAACCGAAAAAGAAACAAGUUAAAUAGACGACAAAUGAAGAAUAAUGAUAAAAAAUACUUAAAGUUUAGAAGUAUAGAGGCUAUUACAAAAACGCAGAGACGUUACAAAAUAGUAUCUUCGAAAUAUCACUUGAAACCAACUCGUGAGAGAACUACAAAAUCUUACACAUUGAAUCUAAAUCGUAGGCCAACUAAAGAUAAAUCUGUAACAAUCGCACCACCGUAUGUAAAUACACCAUUCCCUUACUUUCACGAACAAAAAGACUAUUUUGAUACAAAAGAAAAUAAAGUCCAUCAAAGAGCUGACAAAAAGCGACGACAGCGUCGCCCUAAGCAAACGAUUGAUUUAAAAAAAUUACAAGAUUAUUACUAUCCUUUUGACGAGUAUUUUAGACAAUCGGAGCCUAAGCCUGUAAAAGGUGUUGGUAAAAUUACUAAUACACAUUUAAAGAGAAUUGUAGAAGCUUCAAGUUAUAGUGACGAGGAAGAAUCUUUGAAAAAGAAUUUAAUUGAAGCUCUAUUUUAUAAUGCGACGGCUACUACUAAAAUUACGAAAUCAUUUCUUUGA